AGUUGGUACGUAGAUGUUGCCAAAGCAGGUUUGCAGAAUCAAACAAUAAGACAAUACAUCUAAUUAUUGGACCCCGAUUAACAGAUACGGUUUAUGUUUAAAAAAAAAUCCGUCUUUGUCCAGAUCGCACGCGCAGAGGACCCUUGGUGGAGCUUUAAUCGCGACACUGGGCUGCUAGCUCUUCUAGCACGAAAAGCUGAGUAGGUCGGACCCUCUAGAGUUUUGCUAGCCAUAACUUAAUUCAGCGUCCAGGAUGGCUGGAUCUGUUCUCUUAAAUAUCAUCUGGAUAUGAAUUUCUUGUCCGUUUGUACUUUUAUGAAAUGUGCAAUAUUUCUUGGAGUAUUGAUACCAGUUUGCUAUGGCGGGGAGACCUGCUCUGCGACGUACGGGGGAUUGGUAGUAAGCAAGUACUGUGACAUCGGGGGGUGCUGUACCCCCAGCACGGUUACCGAGAAGACCGACCCGGACGAGCUAUGCUGCAUCACGACCCUGACCGUGAUUCUGGUGGGCUCGUUUGUGGGAGGGCCGCUACUGAUAAUGACUAUCGUAUGUUCCGGGGUGUGCAUCAAACGAUACUGUGAAAAGAAGAAAAACGACGACCGGGUACAGGAGACAGAGAAUGCGCGACAGGAGAGGCGCAGAGAGCGCCGCCGCCAGCGCCAACAGCAGGAGCAGGAGGAAGAGGCCAUACGUAUCCGGCGCUACUACGAACCCUUGCCCGAGGAUGGCCCUAUGGCACCACCUGCGUACGAUGCUGAGCCCCCAGGGUCUGUUCCUGCCAGGCGGGCCGCCCCGAUGUCUCCACCUCCAGCGUAUGAAGCUAUUGUACAGGAGACAACUUUACCAAAUCAAAGGGGUCAAGGGACAAGUCACUUCAAUGAAGUUUCCCAAAGCGGAGGAGGACAUAUAGAUGUAACAAUUCAUGCACCUUCAAUCGGUGGCAGGCGAACGAAAAUUCGAGCGAGUUCGAACAAUACGAAUAAUGGAGUUCUCGUGGCGAGAAAUGGGAUUCCAAGACAGGAGUCUGUGCAUAGAAACCAAGUGUCCCCAAACAGCAGUUUCAGGGAUACAACGAACAACCAGUCCAGUGAGGUUGCCCAGGGCGGGGGUGAACCAAUCGAUGUUACGAUACACGCUCCGUCCAUAGGUGGCAGACGACCGAAAAAUCGAACCAAGUUGGAAGAUAAAAAAGCCAGCGAACCUUUCACAAAAAACGCGGAAUCAAGACAGGAAUAUGUGCAAAAAAGCCAGAUGUCUUCGAAUUAUAACGGUUUUAAAGACACGCCAAGCCCAGUUUCUAUGGCCAACGGUCGUUCGAAUUCCGAACUUAACGGCUCGAAAUCGUUUUCACGGCCCCGGCAAAUUGUAACCGAUGCUUCAGCCGAGGAGCCAGCAGACCUACUGUACAUCUGACAAUUGUGCACAGUAUCUCUAAUGUUGUGGCAUUCUUUAACUGUGAUAUAAUUUAUUAAAUGUUUGCAAGGAAAAACGUUUUGAUGGAUUUGCUUUAUGUACAUUUUGAUAUAUGAAACAAAGAUUGAUCAUUUUAAAUGCAUGACUGAUACGUCAGUUUAUGAUUGUUAUGUCAAAUUUUCCAGCUAUGUUAUUUACAUUAUUGUAAAUAAACACACCUUCGAAUGCUUA